UUGUUAACAACACCACUCGGAUAUUUAUUAAAGAGUAUGAAGAAAGAAAGAGAUUAAGCUGAUUAGGCUACCACUAUAUCUCUAUUCUCUACGUCUAUAUAUAGACUAGAGGCUAGCUUACUCAUCACCAACUUUGUAGUUCUUAGUGUGGGAUGAUUCAUUACCCAGUGGCAUUGUUCCUUUCUCCCUCUUUCUUUCUCAACUUUGGUUGUGUAAGUGGUGAUAAAGCUCAUUGAGCUACUGCAUCUUUAUACAGGCCACCCUGGGCUGUCUGCGCCAACUCCAAAAUCGCGAUUUCAGAUACGUAAGACGGAAGCUGUCUCCAACUGCACAUUUGCUUCUCCUCAUCUUCGAGGUGGUGGAAUGCUCCUCUUCUUCCGCUUGGAUCUCUCUUAUAUAGCUUCAUACGAACUCAUUCUUCUUACUGAGUUUCUUCACCAAUAUAUCAUAUUCAAUAAUGUCUAUCACUCAAUGGAUCAAUAAUAUUUCGGCUUCUCCAUCACCUCCAGGAUUGCUAAUUACCCUUUUGAUACGAGGAUUGCCCGUAUUGGAGCUUGCAGCGAUAUGCUUAAAUUUGACUCUUUUUCUUGUGUCUCUGUUUAUUGUCACUGCCACACGGAUAUUGGCGUAUGCCUGUCGAAAUCGAAUUCGUAAGAACAACACGACCGGCUGUGCAAGCCCGGCUCCUCAUUGUAUUGAUGGGGACAUGCAUGACGUUCGAAUCAGUAGGGGGUUCAAAUUCACAGUGUUCUGCUGUUUCUAUGUUCUCUUCGUGUACAUUUUGGUGUUAGGAUUUGAUGGGGCCGCUUUAAUUAGAGGAGCAGCACAUGGGAAAAUUGUCGACUUAUCUCUUCUUUCUAUGCCAGUUUCCCAGGCGUUAGCUUGGUUCAUGUUAAGCUUGUCGGCUUUGCAUUGCAGAUUCAAGGUGUCUGUGAAGUUUCCACUUUUGUUGAGGGUUUGGUGGUUUUUGUCCUUUGUAAUUUGUUUGUGCACCGCAUAUGUUGAUUGGAGAGAAUUUUGGAUGGAAGGUUCAAAGCACCUUUGCUCUCAUGUUGUGGCAAAUUUUGCUGUCACUCCAGCUCUUGCCUUCUUGUGUAUUGUUGCGAUUAGGGGUGUUACUGGUGUAAAAGUAAGCACUAACAGUGAGCUUGAAAAGCCAUUGCUUCCUGAUGAAGGGCCAGAGUGCCUCAAGGUUACACCUUAUAGUGAUGCAGGGCCUUUUAGCUUGGCUACUCUUUCUUGGCUAAACUCACUUCUUUCCGUGGGAGCAAAGAGACCACUUGAACUUAAGGACAUUCCCCUUCUUGCACCGAAGGAUCGAGCCAAGACCAACUACAAGGUUUUAAAUGCUAACUGGGAGAGGCUGAAGAGCGAAAACCCUUAUAAGCGGCCUUCACUAGCUUGGACUCUCGUCAAGUCAUUCUGGAAGGAGGCAGCUUCCAAUGCCAUAUUCGCUGGUGCGAAUACUUUAGUCUCAUAUGUAGGUCCAUACAUGAUAAGUUACUUUGUCAAUUACUUGAGUGGUAAACACAGUUUUCCUCAUGAAGGGUAUAUCCUGGUUGGGACAUUCUUUGCAGCAAAACUUUUGGAGACCUUGACAACUCGGCAGUGGUAUUUCGGGGUGGACAUCUUGGGUAUGCAUAUUAGGUCAGCUCUAACAGCAAUGGUAUAUCAAAAGGGACUCAGGCUCUCAAGCUUGGCCAAGCAAAGUCACACAAGCGGGGAGAUUGUUAACUACAUGGCUAUAGAUGUUCAGAGGGUUGGGGACUACUCUUGGUAUCUUCAUGACAUGUGGAUGCUUCCUCUGCAAAUUAUUCUCGCCCUGGCAAUUUUGUAUAAGAAUGUUGGGGUUGCUGCUUUUGCCGCAUUGAUUGCUACAAUCAUUUCCAUUGUUGUCACCAUUCCAGUGGCUAGGAUACAAGAAGCUUAUCAAGACAAAUUAAUGGCAGCUAAGGAUGAGAGAAUGCGGAAAACAUCUGAGUGUCUCAGGAAUAUGAGAAUUCUCAAGCUCGAGGCUUGGGAGGACAGAUAUCGAAUAAAAUUAGAGGAGAUGCGUGAAGUAGAGUUCAAGUGGCUUCGGAGUGCCCUCUAUGCCCAGGCUUUCAUUACUUUCUUCUUCUGGAGCUCCCCUAUAUUUGUGUCUGCUGUCACUUUCGGCACUUCCAUAUUGAUGGGUGGUAAGCUGACUGCAGGUAGUGUUCUUUCUGCUUUGGCUACUUUCAGGAUCCUCCAAGAACCUCUAAGAAAUUUUCCUGAUUUAGUAUCGACAAUGGCUCAGACAAAAGUCUCUCUUGAUCGCAUCGUUGGUUUCCUGCAAGAGGAAGAAUUGCAGGAAGGUGCAACUGUUAACUUGCCACGAGGCCCUUCUAACAUUGCCGUAGAGAUUAAUGAUGGAGUCUUUUGUUGGGAUCCUUCUUCAUCUAGACCUACUCUGUCAGGGAUACAUAUUAAAGUGAAAAGAGGGAUGCGAGUGGCUGUUUGUGGUGUGGUUGGUUCUGGGAAAUCAAGUUUUCUUUCUUGCAUUCUUGGAGAGAUACCUAAGAUUUCCGGUGAUGUAAGAGUCUUUGGCUCUUCUGCGUAUGUAUCCCAAUCAGCAUGGAUACAGUCAGGAAAUAUAAAAGAAAAUAUCCUCUUUGGAAGCCCGAUGGACAAAGUAAAAUACAAGAAUGUUCUUCAUGCUUGUUCACUAAAAAAGGAUCUGGAACUCUUCUCACAUAGUGCAACCAUCAUUGGUGAUAGAGGUAUAAACCUAAGUGGUGGCCAGAAGCAGAGGGUGCAGCUUGCACGAGCACUCUACCAAGAUUCUGACAUAUAUCUCCUUGAUGAUCCCUUUAGUGCAGUUGAUGCCCAUACUGGGUCAGAAUUGUUUAGGGAAUACAUAUUGACAGCACUAGCAGAUAAGACAGUCAUUUUUGUGACCCACCAAGUUGAGUUUCUUCCUGCUGCUGAUAUGAUCCUGGUUCUGAAAGAAGGCCGCAUCAUACAAGCAGGAAAAUAUGAUGAUCUUUUACAAGCAGGAACAGAUUUUGAAACUCUAGUGUCAGCUCACCAUGAAGCAAUAGAGGCUAUGGAUAUUCCUAAUCAAUUCUCAGAAGAGUCAGAUGAAAAUUUGUCCUCGGAUGCAUCUGUUAUGACUAAUAAAAAAUUGGUUCCAUCAGAUGUUGACAGUUUGGCAAAGGAAGUGAAAGAGGGUUCAUCAGCUUCUGAAGAGAAAGCAAUUAAGGUGAAGAAGAAAGCAAAAUGCGCAGAAGAUAAACAACUUGUUCAGGAAGAGGAGAGGGUAAGAGGUAGAAUUAGCAUGAAGGUGUACUUUUCGUACAUGGCUGCAGCAUACAAAGGCCUAUUGAUUCCACUCAUAAUCAUUGCUCAAGCACUAUUUCAGUUCCUUCAAAUUGCCAGCAAUUGGUGGAUGGCUUGGGCAAAUCCUCAGACCGCAGGAGAGCAACCCAAAACAACUCCUAUGAUUCUUCUGCUUGUUUACAUGGCCCUUGCUUUUGGAAGCUCUUGGUUUAUUUUUAUUAGGGCUGUUCUAGUAGCAACAUUCGGUCUAGCAGCUUCACAAAAGCUUUUUUUGAAUAUGCUUAGAAGUAUUUUCCGUUCACCAAUGUCUUUCUUUGACUCUACUCCAGCUGGAAGGAUUUUGAAUCGUGUAUCAAUUGAUCAAAGUGUUGUGGACCUUGACAUUCCUUUCAGACUGGGUGGAUUUGCUUCAACGACAAUCCAGCUUAUUGGUAUUGUUGGUGUGAUGACAAAAGUCACCUGGCAAAUUUUGCUUCUAAUUGUCCCUAUGGCUGUUUCUUGUUUGUGGAUGCAGAAAUACUAUAUGGCUUCCUCAAGGGAACUGGUUCGUAUUGUAAGCAUCCAGAAAUCUCCAAUUAUAAAUCUUUUUGGUGAAUCAAUCGGUGGAGCGACCACCAUCAGAAGUUUUGGACAAGGAAAAAGGUUCAUGAAGAGGAACCUCUAUCUUCUAGAUUGUUUUGCACGUCCUUUCUUCUGCAGUAUUGCAGCUAUUGAGUGGCUCUGCUUGCGCAUGGAAUUAUUGUCAACCUUUGUGUUUGCUCUCUGCAUGAUAUUAGUAGUGAGCUUUCCACGUGGAACUAUUGACCCCAGCAUGGCUGGACUUGCUGUGACAUAUGGACUGAAUUUAAACGCACGAUUAUCACGGUGGAUACUUAGCUUUUGCAAACUUGAAAAUAAAAUAAUAUCCAUUGAAAGAAUAUACCAAUACAGCCAAAUUCCUAGUGAAGCACCAACGACUGUUGAAGAAUUUCGUCCUCCAUCCACAUGGCCUGAGAAUGGGAAAAUUGAAAUUGUUGAUUUAAAGGUUCGUUACAAGGAGAAUAUGCCUUUGGUGCUUCAAGGAGUAUCUUGCACAUUUCCUGGUGGAAAGAAAAUUGGAAUAGUUGGACGGACUGGAAGUGGCAAAUCCACUUUGAUUCAGGCAUUAUUUCGAUUAAUUGAACCUGCAGGUGGGAGUAUCUUCAUAGACAACAUUAAUAUUUCAGAUAUUGGCCUUCAUGACCUUCGUAGCCGUCUCAGCAUCAUCCCACAGGAUCCGACUCUAUUUGAAGGUACCAUCCGAGGCAAUCUUGAUCCUCUUGAAGAGCACUCAGAUAAUGAGAUUUGGGAGGCGCUAGAUAAGUCUCAACUAGGAGAAAUUAUCCGUCAAAAGGAGCAAAAGCUUGAUACACCAGUGUUAGAAAAUGGAGAUAAUUGGAGCGUAGGACAGCGGCAACUAGUUUCUCUAGGCCGAGCUUUACUAAGGCAGGCAAAGAUACUUUUUCUUGAUGAAGCAACUGCAUCAGUUGAUACUGCCACUGAUAAUCUCAUCCAGAAGAUUAUACGGACAGAAUUCAAAGACUACACUGUCUGUACUAUUGCACACCGUAUUCCUACUGUUGUUGACAGCGAUCUAGUUCUGGUACUUAGUGAUGGUAGGAUUGCAGAGUUUGAUACCCCAUCUCGACUUUUAGAGGAUAAGUCGUCCAUGUUUCUGAAGCUGGUGGCCGAAUACUCAUCACGCUCAAGUGGCAUUCCAGAUUUUUGAAUUAAGGGUCAUACGGGAUCCUUUAAAGCUUUCUAAGUUAUAGAGGUGGGGCUGGCAUUAACACAAAGACGGUUCAAAAGUUGGGCCCAUAAGUGUUGCCUCCGUGGCCACCUCUGAUGCAUUCGAAGAACUGGAAAAAUGGUAAAAAUAGAGGUGGUCGCUGCUUCAAGCAUCAAGCAUUUCCAAUCCAGUGGGAGGAAAUUUGUUUAUAAUUUGAUGUUGUUGUUAGUUAAUUCAUCCCCUUUAGCAAGUUUUGAGGAAAUGCAGGUAUGUAUAGCAGCAUGCCUUGUAGCAAAGUAUACAUUUGUCCCAUUUUGUUGGAAGUGAAGAACGUGGUAGAUUUUUUUU